AUGUCUGCCGGCGGUGAUGCCAUGGACAUUACCUCUCCCGCUCGUCUUACCACCUCCAUCCACAUCUCCGAUCCCGAAACAAACGGCAAGCCCGCCGCUCGAUCGAACCACUCGUCGCCCCCCGACCAGACCUCUCCCCACAGCUCUUCCAGCAUCAAUAUGCCCGCCCCUCCACCUGCCGCCGCCGCGGCCGUCCACCAACCCAAGAUCGUGCAGACGGCCUUUAUCCACAAGCUCUACAACAUGCUCGAGGACUCUAGCAUUCAACACUUGAUAUCGUGGUCUGCCAACGCCGAGAGCUUCGUCAUGUCGCCCUCGGCCGACUUCUCAAAAGUCUUGUCACAAUACUUCAAACAUACCAACAUCUCCUCGUUUGUCCGUCAGCUAAAUAUGUAUGGAUUUCACAAGGAGCGCGACGUUUUCCACACGGGCAACCCAGACACAACUCUCUGGGAGUUCAAGCACGGCAACGGCAACUUCAAGCGGGGCGACCUCAUGGGUCUUCGAGAAAUUAAGCGCCGCGCGAGUAGGCACGCGCUUGUGCACCGCGAAAGCAACUACAACAAGCCGAACCCGUCGCAGCAGGGCCCGCCGACCGAGCCGGCGCAAAUAACGGCCGAGAGCUCAGAGGCAAGGCUUGCCAACCUCGAACACUCGCUAUUCGACAUGAGCGCUCGGCUGCAGCGCAGCGAAGAGAAUGCCCACUUCAUGAACAUAAAGAAUCAGGCAGCCAUGGAGACUAUGAGUCGGCUCCUACAGUUCAACCAGGAUUUGUCGAGAGCCGUGCUGUCGCUGGUCCCGGCCGACAGCCCCGUUCACCGCGAUGUUCUCGCUCUGCAAGGAGAGAUGCACCGACAGGCCGACGUGCUACGGACGUUUGACGAGACGCACGAAGGGCCGUACGGGGCCAGACAGCAAUACCUCGGCACCGUCGACAACGCUCCUGUUUCGCCUCGACAGCUGCCCCAGGACGAUGCCAGACGAUCGGCCAACCUGACCGUGCCUCAGCCGCGCGGCCAGCCCCUGUACCGACCGGCGGUGCCCCCCAGUGUCCUAGCCAGUGCGCGGCGCCCGUACGGGUCAAUCGGAGGCAGCAGCACCACGCAGUCGUCGCCCUUGCGCAACGCCAAUCCAGCGCCGCCCCCGGGUCCCCAUCCCCUCUCCAACGUCGAGCCGCCGCCCGGAAGCUUGGCUCGACGACACACUGCAGCCGAUAUCCGCGCGCAUGGGUGGCAGCCCACCCCAUCGCCCUUCUCGACGUCGAACCCACCGUCUGCCCCGUGGCCCUCCUCCCCGAGCCCCUCUCACCCUCAUCCGCAGUCGCGUCCUGCCACGCCGCCGCCGCCGUUGCCGCCGCCUUCCCAUGGCGCAAACGGCGGGAACAACGGGAGCGACGCGUUUGGCAGCUGGUCGUGGAACUCGGCAGCGAAUAGAGACGCCAAGAGCCUCGCCAUAAGGGACUCGUCAGCACCGCCGACGCGGAGAGGGAGCAUGGCCCACAUUCUCAAUCCGAGCGACACGGCUGAGCGCUCGGACGAGGAUGAAGACCCCCGCGGGGACGACGACAGAAAACGAAAACGACUUCAGUAG